AUGCCCAGCCCACGCAGUGAGCAGCGGUCCAAAAAAUCGAAAGAGGCGUUUUGGCAGACACCUUCGUGCAAAGCACGCCAGGCCGCGCGAGAGCAAGAGGAGGGGUACGAACAGAGACACCCAGGAGACGGCACGAUGGAAGAACCAGCCACCGACCCUCAAGCCCAAGUCUCUAGAGGCGAUCUUGAUUCGGAGAAGGGACCUGAGAGUGCCGAUGACAACGACCAGGUGGACACUCGGCAGCCUUUGAACUAUAAACCGCUCAGCCACAGGAAGCUGAAAGACUACAACGAGGGCCUGGCCAAGCGGGGGGUGGUGUACCUGAGCCGCGUUCCGCCCUUCAUGAAGCCCGCCAAGGUUAAGCAUCUCAUGGAGCAGCAUGGUGUCGUGACACGGGUAUACCUUGUGGAGGAGGAUCAGGCAAAUCGCCGCGCCAGAAAAAAGGGCGGCGGGAACUCUGGGAAGCGUUAUGCCGAAGGCUGGGUAGAGUUCGAGGACAAGAAAAUUGCACGAGCCACCGCGGAGAGCCUGAACAACACUCUCAUCGGCGGGAGGAAGCGGAAUUACUACCACGACGACAUGUGGAACCUCAAGUACCUGCGAAAGUUCAAGUGGGACCACCUCACGGAGAAGGUGGCCUACGAGCGCAGAGUGCGGUCGCAGAAGCUGCGCCUCGAAACGAUGCAGGCGAAGAGAGAAAACGCGCGGUACGUGGAGCUGGUGGAGAGCGGGCGGUCCUUCGCCAAGAUGGAAGAGCGCAAGAGAAAACGCAGACAGGAUGGGAGCGACGACAACAACUCAGCAUCAGCUGCUUCCACCAUCGGGGGGGGCUCGCCGGCGGCGGUGGCGGCAGCCAAGUUGACGGCAGGGGGGGGGGAGGGGGUUCCGGGGAACCCCGCGCCGGCGGGGGUCGGGGACUCGCAUCGUCGCAUUCGGAGACGCUUCAAACAAUCAAAUCCUGUCGGCGAUGUUGGAGGGGGCGGCGGGGGAGGGAUGGACGCCAAGGUUUUGCGAUCUCUUUUCGGCGGCGACGAUGGCGGCGUUCGCAGAAGGACGGGCAACAAUGAGGAUGGGUAGGGUAUAACCUGCACGACCCAUGGCGG